UCUCCUUUUUCUUUUUCUCGUGUUCGUUUCGGAGAUUUUCUCAUUUCAAUCCGUUUGCCAUUUUUUGGAAUUGGGCGCGAUUUCGAUUGAGUUUUCUUUCUUACGCUCGUCAAUUGCAAAGCAGGAACAGAAUUGUAACUCAGUUUUGAUGGUAAACUCUCAAAUGAUGAUUUAAAAUUAUCUCGUUUGGUUGGUGGGAAAAUUUGGAAAGAGAUAUUUCGGGAGCAUGAAUUUCUGGAUUAUUUCACAGAAGACGUUUUCUGACAAUCCAAACGAGAAAUUACUAGAAGGUCUGAUUGAUUAGUCAACCUUUACAGAGUACAAGUUUCUGGGAGUCACAGGAUAUGGGAUGCAUUUUUUCAACACCGAAGGAUACAGGAGGAAACAGGAGAAGACCAGGAAACAUUGGAGAUGUUUCUGUCUAUGUUCCUGGUCUAAGGAUUCCGAAACCUGUUGAUUUCUCUCAAUCACUUGGUGAUCGCUUAUCCAAGAGUUUAGUGGAACGCUUAUCUGCUUUAAGAACUCGUAUAGUAGUAAUGGCUGGCCAAGAGGGUCCGACAAUUACAAGAACGAGGAGAAAAACCCAACAUGGUGGUUCAACGUUAGCUGAUCUUCAGCAGGCUCUUGAAGAUUAUUUGCCUGUUCUUCUGGGGCUAGUGAAAGAUGGAAGCCAGCUACAGCACGAGGUACAGUUUGUAUGGAUAAAUCAGGAGGAUGAGGCAGAGGAAACAGCCAUAUCUAAUGCUUGGUAUGAGGUAUUGUCAGUUUUACAUUUGAUGGCAAUGCUGUCACUAUCACAGGCCAACUUAUUACUUCUUCCUAGAACAUCUGCUGAUGGUUAUCAGCCAAAAGUAUCAGAAGAGAACAGACGAGCAUCCAUUGAUAUUUUCUUGAAAGCGGCAGGAUACCUGGAUUGUGCUGUACGUCAUGUACUUCCACAGUUGCCUUCUGAACUAAGGAGAAACCUACCAGUAGACUUAGCAGAAGGAGUUCUUCGAGCGCUUUGCUUACAAGCAUUAGGACAGGGUGUUGAUAUUCAACUUGGAAUGGCAAUUGAUAGCACAAAAGCCACUCUUGCAGUGAAACGAAGGCUUGCAUGUGAGAUGGUCAAAUAUUGGCAGCAGGCUCAAGAUAACAUAAUGAACCUUCCAUUAUCAAAUGGUUGGGGAGAAAAGCAUCGUCUUUUUGUGAAGUGGAAAUACAUCGAAGCAAAGGCUGGAGCAUAUUAUUAUCAUGGAUUAAUCCUUGAUGAGGGAAACACAGAAAAAUCUCAUGGAAUGGCUGUAGCUGCUCUGCAAGCAGCAGAUGAGUAUUUCAAAGAAAGUAAAAGGGCAUGCGAAGCAUUUAAUGCAGCUCCUCCCUUGUCAAGAAAUCCGCCACUUUGGGGAACCAUGAAGUAUCUAUCUGAGAAAAUUCCAAAAGAUACUUCAAGCAAAGUACGGAUAAACCGGGACCUUUACUCUCAUGAAAAAAUCAUGGAGACAGCACCAACACUGCCCGACUUUGCGUUGGCCUUGAAACCGGAUGAGUACCAACUUCCUCCAGUAGACGCCUCUUGGAAUCAAGAGCAUACCAAGGGACAGACUGGCUUCAACCAGCUCAGGAAUGAUAAAAGAUGAGACAUACUUGAUACAUUUCGAGACUACAGAAUUACAAAGACCAAUCUAAAGUUUGGAUGGUCAUUCAAAGCAGGAUGAAAUGUUCAUCGACUCUCAGAAGGUUUCUGUUCCCUUUCGACCCUUUUUUUCUCCACUCUUUUCCUUAUAAUAAUUCAUUUUUUAGCUCUCUUCUUCCCUUUUUCCUUGAGAUUUUAUAAUGUACCUCUUAGCUUUGUAAAAGUUUCUGUUGUGUGUAAUUGUAAAUUGGCUUCUGUUGAUGGGGGAAAAACGAUUUCUUUGCCGAUUCUUAAUAAUGUGCAUUCAUUUUUGGUUUAUCAUUAAAAUAAAUACCGUAUUUCUUUUUUCAUGAA